UGGUGUUGCCCCUACCCCAGCAAAACAUGUGCUCUUUGGGAUGAGGUGACUUGGCCAAAACAAACUAGUUGUAAUGGUUACAGAGCGUGAGUGCAACCUGGAACCUAGUAUCAAAACUUGAUAUGGACAAGGUAGCAGAAUCCACUUCACUGAAAAGCAGGGCAUAUUCUCUAUAUAUGAAUGUUAUGAAACACUAACGAGUAAUGAGACUUUACAUUCUGGGUGAAACCUUUGAAACUGACUAGCUCAUGGUUCUUAAUUGUCAAGAUUAGGAUUUGGACAAUUGACAAAGAUGACACAGGAUAACUGAUUUGUUGAUAUCUUUACACACUAUAAUCCAAUUGAAUGUUGGAAGAUAAUAUGCGAUUAUGGAAGACUACCGGCUUACCGACAUGUUGCAGCUAGUGCUGACCAAAAUAGAAAUGGCACUGGCAUUAAAUGAAAUCUAACUUAUUUUUGUUUGAUGCUUGUUGCUAUAUUUUUCUUAUUUGGCUCUUUGUUUGUUUGUUUUUUGUUUUUUUUGACAUAUUCUAGUAUUUCUGAUGCCAACAGUGAUAUCUAGUUUGAGCUCGUAUAUAUGUUUACUGCAGAUGUGAACAUGUUAUAUGAAACAAACAUGGGGAAACGGAAGGCUUUAGGCGGUUUGAAUACUCAAGAAGGAGACAAUAAUGUUGAGGAACCUGAUUCUGCAAGCAUAAGGGCAAGAGAAGAACCUAGUGAGGAAAAAUCUGUGCCCCGGCCUGCUUCUGAGGGAAAGGAAAAUACAGGGAGUUCUGGGAAGCGGAGGCGAAAUGGAUGGGAUCCACAGCCAGUAGGGGAUGAGGACACUGUUGAAGGUGACGGGAGAAGCAAAAGGAGGAUGAUCAGAUGGGCCAGUGAUGAUGACCAGUUAAAAAUGCUGGGUCCUAUACAACUUCCUGAUUUUGUGAAGGAACCUACAGUUGGAGCUGAUUUCAGCACUGAAAUUCGUAAAUUGAAUAUGCGGCUUGUGCUGAUAAACAGGAAGCUGCAGGGAUCGGGUGUGCUCGACAACAGGUUGGAAGAACAAAGAUCUCCAUCACCGUUGCCAGUAUAUGAUCAUUUGGGAACCCAAAUAAAUUUAAGGGAGGUUAGGUUCCGCGAACAACUCAUCCAGCAGAGGCAACGGAUCAUUUCGAAAUUGAUUCGGAUGAACCCCACUUUCAAACAUCCUCCCAACUACAAGCCCCGGAAAUUUUACAAGAAGCUCUACAUACCACAGAAAGAAUACCCUGGGUAUAACUUCAUUGGUCUCAUAAUCGGCCCCCGCGGCAAUACCCAGAAGAGACUGGAGAAGGAAUCUGGUGCUAGAAUUCUCAUUCGGGGGAAAGGCUCAGUGAAGGAAGGGAAAGCUCAUCAUAGGCGGGACAUGAAGCCUGACCCGUCAGAAAAUGAAGACCUUCAUGUCUUGGUAGAAGCAGAUAACAAGGAAUCAUUGGAUGCUGCAGUAGGAAUGGUUGAGAAGCUACUGGUUCCAGUUGAUGAGGUGACGAAUGAGCAUAAAACUGCCCAGUUAAAAGAGCUCGCUGAACUGAAUGUCGUGUGCAAAACGUGUGGUGAGCUGGGGCACAGGCAACAUACAUGCCCAAGUAGAAAUUCAACAUACAGCAGUGGUGCUACUGCUGAUUGCCCUUCGAUGGCAUCUGGCCCAGGGAGUAAAAUGGUCAGCCUACACCAUAGCUAUCUUGGUGGACGGCCUGCUUAUAGUACUAUGCCUUGCUACAGCCCUUAUCCUCAGUUUGGUCUUGAGAGCAGAAUCGACAAGGAUAUCGCUGAUUCAAAUCUAUACGUGGCAUACCUUCCUCAGGCUGUGGAUGAUCAUCAGUUGAUCGGGCUGUUUUCUCCUUUCGGCAGGAUCAUCAGUGUGAAACUAGUCAGGGACAAAAUGACAGGUUUAAGCAAAGGCUUUGGCUUUGUUAAGUAUGCUGAUCCUGUCGAUGCUGCGAAGGCUGCGGCCCACAUGAAUGGACACAAGAUUGAUGGGAAGACACUGGUGGUUAGGCUAGCAGGUCGCCCGCUGACUUAUCUUGGCCCCAUGUCUGUCCACCCAGAGAAUCCUGACCAACCAGCUUGGCCAGGCCCACCAGCGCUGAUGCAGCCAAGAUCUCAUGCUGCCUUCACUAAUAGCAAUGCAUUCAAACCGUCUCAUUCGCCUGUCUACUCAGUGCAAACUGGACCUUUCAGCAGACAGUUGCCUUCAUCUUGUGGGCCACCAUUGUAUCAUCCCAGCAGCUCCCCCUGCCAAUAUCAGCCAUUCUACACUACUCCGAAAAGCUGUCCAUCUUCAUGUGUUUAUCUCACUCCACCAAUGUACAGCCAGCCAAAUUCCUGGAGCUUGGGCAGCUGUUCGCCUUCGUGGGCAAGAUAACCAAAACCGUAGAAUCCACCUAUGAUGGAAAUCAUGUCCUUGGCUAAUCCUUGGUCACUGCCUUUUAUACUGAUUGGAGUCUUGCAGCCAUCCAUCGGCAUUGGAUUUGCAUUGUAAAGGUAGCACAAGCAGAGGUCUAAUUGUCUGGGUCCUUACUGCUUCCUCACUUGGCAGUUGGGCGAUUUCUGGUAGAUAGAUCCAAACGUAGGAGAUGUCUGACGGUUGGCAUAUCUUCACCGUAGAUCAUGGUGUCCCAGUUGAUACAGGCUUUUCUCUUUCCAAUGUGUCCCAAUGGGCAGCUGCUUUCUCCAAAGUUAUGCAGGAUUUGCUGAAGAUAAGGUGUUUCGAAGCUCCACUGGCAUUUGGUUUCUGUUCGAGCCACCGACUGUAAAGCAAAACUCCCUUUCCUUUGGUUGUAAGAUGUUAGUAAUGCAUGCUUAUGUCGCAACCAUGCCUGCUUAUGUUACACAAGCCCUGUAGUGACGUGCAUAGAUCUGCUUAUCUUAUACAUGAAAUGCAUGCUCAUGAAUGAGAAUGUUGACUUUUUUAGCCAUUGGAGCAAAUGAAUUGUUUUAGAAGAACUUGCAACA